AAAACUUUCAUUAAGUUUUUGCAAUUGUUCAAGAAAAUUGACAAAUAACAUUUUAUUUUUUUGUAUUCCUUGAAAACUCACGUUAAUGAAUCAAUGGCAUACUAUUUUGGCGGUCUUUUGAAAAUUUAGCCGUAUUAAACUUUUGCAAUAAAAUUAAAUACGAUAUUGUGUAAAAACCAAAACCUUCAAAUAUAUGGAUUCUUAUAAUAUGACUUAAUUUUUAUAAUGGUUAUUAUGUGUGAAAUAUCUUAACAUACCGGACAAAAUUAGGGUAUAUGUGAACAAAGAAUUAUGCUUAAAUUUGAAUUGAAAGGCAACCCUGGACUUGAUAAAAUUUAAGUAACACCACAGUUUCAGAUUAUUCAUUUUAAUUGCGUUAAAGUUAUUUUCUGCUAUGCAAACCCGGAAUAAACCAAAAUUGAUAUUACAAACGAAAAUAGAAAGUAUUUUGUCCGCGUAAUGAAUAACAGCAAUAUAAAUAAUGAAACGGAAGCAAAUAGAACUUUAUUCCGAUUGCAAGCAAAUGAUAUUGAUGUCCAGGUUUCCAACGUAACUUCGGCUGAUGUCCACAACGUUCCAGAACAAGGUACACCUUUAAUCCAACAGUCUUUCGAAAAUACAAGAAUUGCUAUAGAAGAGAGCUUAGAAUUAACUAAUGUGACAAGGAGUCCACAUAACAUCAUGGAGCAUUAUGCACGACUCUUAAGAGAUCAAGUAGCAGAAGUCACCAGGAGCCGACUUGGGAACAUUAUUGCUGCAUCAGGGGGUAGCGUUUCGUCUCAACAGAAUACGGCCGGAAUAAGUUCCGUAUCAAACUAUAAUACAGUCCGUUCCCUUCCCAAUUCAUUUGGAAAUUUAAAUAACGUUUUAUCACCUGAAGUUUUGCGUUAUUUUUCUACAACAAAUAGUUCCGAUGAAUCUGCUCGACAUUCCCAUGAAAAUGAUAUCAAUAAUCCAAUUAUGUUUAACUUAAGUAAUCGUAAUGCAGAUACUCAAACAAACUCAGUUUCAGCGCGACCGCAUGCUACAAGAGCAUCAAGUUUAGUGUUUGACCAUCAUACAAAUUUCCGCAAUACUGCAGAGGGUGAUAUCAACAGUUUUACGACACCGUCAAGUGCGUUACAUCAAACAAAUAUAAGAAGGGAUGAGGUAGAUGUAAGUGGAAAUGUUUCAACGGAUCAACAAAUAUAUAGCAUUCCUGUAAUUCCAACAAGAGGCACAGAAGAGACAGCAACUUCAACUAAUGAAUUAUACAACACUAGUUACCCGGACAUUGUUAUAACAACCAUUCGUCACUGCCUUCACUAUAUACCCUUCGCAUGUAUACUGUUCGUAAAAUUUAUUUAUGACCAUUCAUUUGCAAUAUUGGAUAUAAUAACAUUACAAUUCAUUAUGUAUUGCGUUAACAAGUCUUUGCAAGUCCAAGUUAAAAGACUUGAUCAGAAAAAUAACUUACUACUUAUACGAGACUUACUACUGGUUGCUGCCGUAAUUACGUUACGUUUAUUGGCGGCAUCGGCUCCACCAGAUCCUUUUGGUUUGCUAUUAUCGCCUCCAACGAGCGAACGAAACAUAAUUCAUCAGGCAGUACUUAAUCUUCCCCAGGAUACGAAUAUGCCUACAACCGAUUCACCAAAUACAAUUGAGAAGACAAUUAUUAUACCGAAAAUAAUAUCACUAAUAGCGGUUAUAUACUAUAUCGCCGUAAACGAUCUUCUUCUUAAAUUGAUUACUAUUUCAAUUAAAUUGGUCGUUACUUUAAUACCACUGCGAGCCAUACGACAUAAAUCAAGGACACGAUUUUAUGUAUUCUUUGAAUUUUUUUCUCAAUUUUAUCGGUCUUUGGUUCCCAUUCGACAAUGGUUGUUAUUCCUUUUCGAAUCGUAUUCCGGUUUACAUGCUAUUUCAGGUGUGAUGUUUUCAUCUACUUACAUUGUACUCAAAGGAUGCGAAUUAGCCGAUCGCGGUAAAACACUCAAGAAGUCAUUUAUCAGUUUAUUGAAGGAUGUAAAUAAGCUGGGAAAACCGGAAAAAGAUAAUUUUGAUACCUCCGAAGAGCUUUGCGCCAUAUGUCAAGAUGCGUACGUCUCGCCUGUGGUGCUAGAAUGUGGACACACUUUCUGCGACAACUGUGUUACCACAUGGUUUAAACGAGAGCAAACAUGUCCAAUGUGUCGAGCGAAAGUAGGAGAUAACCUGGCCUGGCACGAUGGCACCACAACGUUCUUUUACCAGCUUUAUUAAUAACCGAUCUUACAGAGUGUGAAUUUAAAUUUAAGUUAAAGUUCAAUUUGUUUAAUGUCUUAAAUUGCUGAUCAUGUAAAAUAUUAAUGCAAUGUGAUUGAAAAA